AGUGACACAGGCCUAGAGACUGGUCAGCAACCGCCUGGCAACCACUGGUCGACUUCUCCAACUGGUUGGCAAAUGGUUGCUGGUAGGUGAAAAUGGUCAGAACGAGGUGUUCAGGGUUGCAUUAGAAACCUCCUUAAGAUUGCAUCAUUUCUCAUUUGCACAAUCGCCAUGGACACCCAUAGAGGGCACCAACUUAUCUGCAGUCACUAACUUCUGGCUGUGUGGUAGUGAAACAGAAAAGUGUGGCACAUAAUGGAAAUGGUUACUGUUUCCCUUCAAAGUAAAAGUUGAAACGUUCUGUUUGUAGUAGCAAGGCACAACUUUAACUUUGAAGAAGAUUUGCAUUGUUUCAGUGCCACUGGGCAACCAGUUGGUGAAUGUUUGCAGACAAGUCAACAUCUUCCAUGUAAAUGUUUAGCAACCAAGGAGGUUUUCGGUGUAGCAGAUUUCAUCUAGCAACUGUCAACAAACCAUUCACCAACCGGACAGAAAAUACACAUUUUUCUUAACUAACGUCAGUUGCCAGGGCUCUGGGCUUGUGAGACUGAUGCAUACAGAAAAGGCUUAGUUCCAGAAAUCAAUUUUCAGUGACUGAAAUCAGUUGCCCCUUUCACACUUUACCAGUUUAUACCAAAUUUUCAAUCCCAAAGCAUUAAACAUUAAACAAGCAGACAUUAAAACAGCCUCCCCCGGCUAUAAGGUUAACCAGGCUGUACACCUUUUAUGGCUGAAGUAAAGGCAGGAGUUAACGAAUAGUUUUUAUUUUCUUUGUCAGAGAAAACUGUGUUUAGAGCUUAACGCGAACAUUAGCAUCCUAAUAUCCUCCCAGCUGACCAGCCCUGGCACCAGUGCAACCAUGUCUGCUAGUGUGGCAAAAAGGAAAUUAAAGCAGUCCAUCAACCAAACAACUCACGGCACAGUGAACAUCACAGACAGAGUAUAAGUGGCAGUGGGUGGAUUUUACCUCAACGACAAUAAUAUGUCAUUUUAACCUUUCAAAGCAGACCUAGUUUAUAAUGAAUGUACCAAAAAAAGUGUAAAAAUUUCAACUCUGACAUUGUGAAGUAACUGCAGCGACCUGUUAUUAGAAGCAUUACUCAUUCAGACAGUUUAAUGCUAUAGAGACACUUCGAUGUGUGUUUUAUUAUUACACUGACUUCAUCUCUUUUUGCUGCGUCAUGAUGUGAAAACUUUCUCUCCAGCUGAGCCGUGUUGUUUUCUACGUGGUGACCUUCUGUUUAUACCAUGGCCUGGACAAAUGCUUGUUUUUAAUUGGCCCAAAGGAUGUGGUUAAAUUAGUUGCUACCAAAGACAGGGUGAAUGGCCUAAUGGCUGUGGGCAGGAAGUCUUUCAUCUCAGAUAAUCACAAAGUGAAGAAUCUCACUGAGCCAUUAGCUAACUGUGAGUCACUAGGAUGUUCCACAGUGAAAAUGCACUGCAGAGACGGAAAUACAAAAAGACAUUUUGUGCCAAAUUCAACAGAUUGAAAAACAUUAAGUGCCCAAAUCAGCUUGGCAUCCACAUACAUAUUUCAGCAUACAAACAAAAUAAAGGCUACAUAAUGUUAACAUCCAGAACAUACUAUGUUCAGCAGUAUAUUCAGCUGCUUUUAACAUGGUCUGUUAUUUCAUGUUCACACAUCUUGUUGGGGACCUCUCAGAGGGAUGAAGGUUACUGAAGCUUGUUUGAUGCAGCUUUUGCAACAGAGCUGCUAAGAAGCCUCACUGCUAUCAGGAUUAGCUAGGAUUAUUUGCUGCUAACAGCAAACAGGUACACACUCUUGAACCUUUGGAUUCAGAAUCUCACAGUUGAAUGCCAACAGGAUUACCCGGGAGCAGUUUCAAACUGAAUGUCAGAUUCCUAUAAAUACAGAUGAAGGUUAAAGCGUCUGUCCACUGGCCCUGGUAUAAGCAGACUGAGACUGUGCAGUGCAUGUUUAAAUGGAUUCCUUAAAAGUCAUUACUCCUGUGAUAUCCAUUCACCUUAAACAUGCACCUCUAUGGGUCUUCACUUCAUAGAAUUUCUCUUUCAUUUGCAGCAAAUAUGAAGAGAAAUACCACCAAGUUAAUAAAGGUCAAAACAGAGAUUGUUGGUCGGUUGUUUUGUAUUUACUCUUGGCAUGGUUUGUCACGAGGAAGACACCUUUACAGGUGACUUACAAAAAUAUACAAAACCUAAAAAGCUGUUGAUGUUGUGAAAAUAGUUGUCAUUAUUGUUGAGGAUUUGGAGCUUUACUUUACAUUUCACAAAUAAUUUUGCUCUUCAAAAAAAAACACUGAAAGCUGUAAUUACAAAAAAUCUUUCAUUUGCAUCUGUGUACAUCAUGCAACUCAGGAGCUGCAAGGCAAUGUUCAUAAUCUUUUAUGAGCAUGUGCUGUUUGCAUCUAAACUGAAGGAAUGUAAAGUGUGCCCCUCAUUUCCAGUGUAUAUGUGAACUAAGACUAAAUCCCUGACUAUUUUCUCUAUCUCUCUUUUUCCCCUUUCACUGGACAGCUUUGCAUAAACCCAGAUGCCUCCCCUCCCUCUUGACGAACGCAUAGUGGUCAUUCAGCGCCCCAAAAAUUUAGUCCUUUGCGAGGCUUCCCCACAGACUAUCCCGCAGCACUCCUCUCAUCUCACAGCCUCCUCCAAUGGACAAGUCGCUCAACCUGCUCAUCUCCAUCCUUCUCAGUCCCAAUUUUAUUCACCCACCUGUAAAUCUCUGAUUCUGGAAUGCAAGCACAGGUCCUCUCGUGUGCAGAAAUUCAAGGGUGACCAACCUGUCCUCCCGGCGGCCGUCAGACACAUCCCUAGCCACUGCCACAGCAAUGGCACGGUAACUCUCGGCCCGCGUCUGCCCUCACACACGCAUACUAUUGAUAUCAGAGUGACAUUGGACAAAGGAGGAAGAGGUGGUGGAGGAGGAGGAGGAUUCAGCAACUCAUUAGGGCGUAGCGGGAGUAUAAAAAGUGGCAGAGGGAAAUGUGUCUCUUCAGGGUUUGAACAAGGACAGUGUGAGAGAAAAACCGGAACUGCAGGGAGGCCAGGUGGCGUCGAACACAGGCCACAGCGAAUUCGUCAGCUGUCAUCAGCCCCUGGUGGGGUCCUACAGUUUGUCCCCGCCCAGGCGCAGCAGCAUAAGUUUAGGAGUGAAAAGGAGAAGGAAAACACUGGUUUUCUUAACAGAGGUGACCACGAGUUUUCCUCUAUAGGUCACAGGACAAGCACCAAACUGGGACCAGUCCAUCAAAGCCUAAAUAGUCACAGUCUGACCCACCACCACAACUCUGUCCCUUUGCCCCAUGCUGCCAUCCUAAACUCCACCUACCCCCCAUCUCCUUCCUCCCAACCCACCUAUGUCGCAGCCUCUCUUCAGCAACGUAGACAGCCUCACCCAGCCUCUCAACCCAGGGAUCACCGCCCUCACCUUCUUCAUGGUUUACCCCUCUCUCCUUGCUCCUCCCACGCUGGAGGGUUCCCCAGCCCUGACCACACCUGCACCAUCGACUGCGCGCACCCAUUCAGUUGUGGCUGCUGGAGGUUGGUAAGAUGCAGAGGGUGUAAAGGGCACUCGGCUAGCUUUCAAGGAGGUGGUGGAAGCACUUCCACCUCAUUUUCCUGUGGUCACAAUGUUGGAGCAGUAAAGAGAGGAGGUAAAGAAAUGGGCCUGAGAAAUCUGGGUGGGUGUCUCUCCAACGCCUCCACCUCUAACACCUCGUCUUCUAACAGCACUGCUUCUGAGUGUCGCGCGGGCCUGUUCAAACCUCUCCGCUGUGCCUCCUGCUCUGGUGAGGCUGGAAAUUUUGAGAGUCCUGCUAUUCUUCGCAAAAAACUUGUAGGAGGAUGUCUUCCCUGCACUCCGCUGUCCUCUUCUGCCCCUCUGCGGGCGAUACAGAGCUGCGUCACAGGCUGCAACCCCAAAGCUUCCCAAACGGGCAGUUCCACCUGCAGCUACUGCAGCAGCGACCCCAUAGUGGUCACAUACAACCCUCGCAGAGGCAAACCCCCAGGAAGAAGCAUUCCAGCAGCUCAUCCGAUGUCUGUGUAUCAAGCCGAUGAUGACGACUACAGCGUGCGCACCAUCUGGCCCGAAGAACUGGCCAAGAAGAUGACCCACUCUAAAGCUCAAAAAAAUCACUGUGCUGGGAUAGGUGUAGGAGUCGCGAAAACCUGUGCGAGUCAGACCCAGAAUGGCAGUAAUGGAACGGGGCUCGUUCUCCUGGACUGUCAAAACCUCAAGGAGUACGCACAGACGCAGCUCACAGACCACGCUGGACGGAGGCGGCUUCAGCAGGGCAAAAUGGCAGCCCUCGAUUUUAUGGGCUGCAGGUCAGGACCAGAGUAUGACGACGGUCGGAGCUCGCUGAAGAGGCUUUUGAAUAAAGCCGAGGAUGCGGGAAUGAGCGAUGGGCCUGACCAUGACGAAGACGCAGCAUAUCCCUCCUCCCCCUCUCCCCGCUCUGCCUCCCCACCGUCACCUGUGUCCUUUUCCCCUCCACCAUCCGCCCCCACUACGCUAAUCAAACCCAAGCCUUGGCAGAGAGACAGGGAGGGAGGACACACUCUGUCGUCGGCUCAGUCACUUCACCUGGCCUUGAACUCCCUGAACAGAGAGCAAGAUGAGGAGAACAACAGAAUGCGCCUCUCUCUGCCGCUCUCCUCUUCCUUGCCGGCUUCUCUUUCCGAUGAAUCUGUGAUGACUCCCGAUGCGGAGAACGCUGUGGUCAGUCCCAUCCUGCCCUUCCUGUAUCUGGGAAAUGAGAGAGAUGCUCAGGACCUGGACCUGCUCCUACGCCUCAACAUCGGCUACGUGGUCAACGUGACCACACACCUGCCUCUCUACCACGUCAGCUCUGGUCUGCGCUACAAAAGGAUCCCAGCCACCGACAACAGCAAGCAAAACCUUCGACAGUACUUCGAGGAGGUUUUUGAGUUUAUUGAGGAGGCAUAUCAGAGUGGACAGGGAGUGCUGGUACACUGCCAGGCAGGCGUGUCCCGUUCUGCAACCAUUGUCAUCGCCUACCUUAUGAAGCACACCCUCAUGACAAUGACAGAUGCCUACAAAUACGUGCGGAGCCGCCGUCCUGUGGUAUCGCCGAAUCUCAACUUCAUGGGCCAGCUUUUGGAGUUCGAGAGGGACCUCAACUCUGGGGUGACUCCUCGCAUUUUGAUGCCUAAGCUUAACGGCGUGGAGACGCAGGUGUGAGAAGGGUCAGGGGUCGCAAGUGUAUGGAGGCAGUUAGCGCAGGUGAAAGAGAGAGCAGGACUGAAGUGACAUUGAUGAGGCGUGAAGGGAGGACUGGAAAAUGCUGUUGUGUUUGGCAGUUAGUGCACUUUUCAUACUGUGAGACAAAAGACUGGACGGUUCAGUUGUUUAAGUAGUUGUUCUUAGACAACUUGAUCUCCAUCCAGCGUCUUGUUUUUAAGAUAAUGUGCCAAUAUUUUGUAUAUAUCUAACAUCACUCAGAUAUCUCAACACAUUUUUCUUUUUCUUCUAAUACCUCUUCCUUUCCAUUCCCAUUGUUUACAGUCACAGUAACACAUUGGAAGAUACUGACUCUGUUGCCAUGAAUCAUAAAUGCAUGCAGAAAUGGAAAGGAGGGACUUUAAUACUGCUUCCACUGAACCGCUUGGAUGCGUCCACCAUAUGUAGCAACACAGAGGUCAUUUCGAUGCACUUUAUUUCCCAUGCGUUUGUUUUAGUAUCACCAACUGAAUUGUCACAAAGAUUAGAAGAAUUUGUCGUGCAGACCUCACACAGUGUUUUUGGUUCAUAUUAACAUUUUUAUUUAUUUUUUUUGUUGUUGUUUUUUACUAAUUUAAACACUGUGCAAUAGAGCGUUAUGGAGCCAGGAGGGAAACGUAUCACAAAAAGUGAAAAACAGCAAUUGACGCUGGUAAUGGCAGUUUUUAUUUGAGUGAAGCAGCCUGUGUAGUAGAAAAGAAUAGCAGUGCAGUAUUGAACAUUACACUUAUUAUGCAGGUUAAUACACUAAAAGAAGCUUGUAAUGAAAGUGGGAAUGAGAGCGCAACACCUUUUUUUACACUCUAUGAUUUCAAAAAAUAUUUAAAGGUUUUUCUGCUACGAUGACACUGUGCAGUGUGCGUUGUUUCUUUUGUGGUUACUUUAUAAGAGAGACGUUUGUUAAGCAUGAAUUUGUCCUGUUAGGGGGCGUGUCCCAAUAUUUUUUCAAAUUAAAGAGCACAUAAUAGUUUGAUAUAACAUUAACAUUUGUUUAAUGUUAGCGUAGCCUAUCUGGUUGGAAACUGUGAGCUAAAUUGUUUCAUUUCUGUGUUUGUGGGGAAUUUGUGUUGUUUUUGUUUUUCUAAACAGCAAUGCGAAACAUAGAUGCUUUUAUUUUGUACCGUUUUUUAAUUGCGACCUAGGUGUCGUUUCUCAAAUGGGAUCGCCAGAACGGGGCUGAAGUUAUUUUUUUCAUGAAUUUCACUACUUUACAAGUCCUCGAGACAAAUAUACUUUAAUAUUUUCAUACCUUUGUGAACAAGUUGGAGGUUUUUAGCUAAUGCUAAUGUUGUUAGCCCCUGUUCUUUCGCCUUGCUUUCCAUACUGAAUUUCUUCCUCGUGCGCGUCAUGACUAUGCAUUCUCUUUCAUUAUGAAGGCUUUGGUUUGAUUAGAAAAGGGCAUUUGUUUCACUGUGAAUUAGUCCAAAUGUAAAUCCUAUUCAGGUUUAAGGUGUAACAUACUAAAACAAUGAGACUUGCGUUUAAAAACGUUCUCAUUGCAAAGUAUAGUUACCUGACUUCCCCUUAAGUUGCUUACGAACUAGUUGCUAAUAAAUAACCUCUAGGCAACCACUUUGAAUCACAAGGAGAUUGCACCCAACUGACUGCAACUGUUUAGAGACAGGUUGCCUCCCGCCAGGCAACCUGUCUCUAAACAGUUGCAGUCCAAUUUGAACUGACUGCAAUCACUCUCAGUCACAUUGAUUGCCAUCAUGUUGCAUUCAAUUAUAGUCAGUCUGCGUCGAUGAGAGAAACCUGUCUGUGAUGCAUCUCUUUGCAAUAGGACUCGACUCAACUUGUUGUCAGCUGGUUGGAUUCUGGCCGUUUUCCUAUAGAAAAGCAACAGUGCUGAAUUCCUGUAUCAUUUUGCAGUAAAAUCGCUGUUCCUGCAGCAGCUAUGCCACUAUUUCAGAAUAAAUAGAUCUAUUUCAGAGGUUCUGACUGAACUCUGAAUGGAAGUCGUCUAUGGUUAUGUCGAGACUGCAGCAGGCUUUGACUUCUUACUGAUUUUUUACAGUUACUCAUGUAUUAUCACAAACAGACUGCAUGCCGAUACCAGACCGAUAGCAGACUACCUCUGUCUCACUGCUUCUUCGCGUUGGGCCAAAGUCAUUUUAAAGACGGCUGACUGCGAGUGGUUGCAUAUCUGGUCGUCGUUUCCAGAGCAACAAUUUCAAAGACAACAAGAUCGCAAAUUCAUUGCACAUGGUUGCAGUAAUUUGGGUCGUGCAGUGGUGGUCUGUCUGUAGCAUAAAUGUGAAGCUUUAAAUGAGGCAUAACUCAUCUGUGAACUGAUUAGAGCUGCUGUUUUGAAAUCUGCUAAGGUAGAAAAUUAGUUUAUACAUUUUCUAGUCUGAUAUCAUAUGUGACAUAUGUGCAGUACUCUUCCCAGCCUCAGUUUAACAGGCACAGAAAUAAAGACUCAGUCCCUCAAAGAAAGGUCUACAAAUAGGGGACAUUUGUGCUUGUUUUCCAUUAAUCCAACCAUUCUGUUUAUCCUGAGUCGCAGGGGUCGUAGGCCGUGCUCUCGCCUCUUAGUCCUUUAAAGACAGAAGAAAGAAGUGGUAGUGCAGACUUGCCAAUGACUCUAAAGUUCAAGGAUUUGGAACAUGUUUCUUAAUAAUCUCAUAGCUAACCACAAUGUGACAAUAUGUCAGGUUACAGGUGGAAGCUAUCACCCAAAUAAAUCCAGAUUUGCAGACAAAUUCACAAAAUUCAAAGCUUUUAAAUUAAUUUUGCAGUAUGUUAACCAAAUCCUAGUUGUUGCUUCUUCCAUAUUUUUUAACUAGUAAUUUAAAAAAAUUCCCCUGAUACAAUUUUCUAAAACCAAAAUGCCUUCAGGUUAAGCAGUUUGAAUAAGACUUUAAGAAAUUAUCCUGAAACUUUUUUGGAUUUAAGUGACUUUAAGAAAAGGUCUAUAUUUUUCUACCGUCUUCAUCAUGUUGGAGUGUACCCACGUACGCCCGUUGUUGUUGUUUUUCUGUUUUUUACAUGACUCUUUGUUUUGUAUACGAAAGACCGUCUGUACGGAAUGACAUCUUCCUACUCUGCUGUGAUAAUGUGGAUCGGAUCUUCUUUGAGUUGCAAUGCAUCCACUGUUAUCAGACCUCUGUAAACU